AAGCGCAAAUUAUUUGAUAACUUCUUAUCUCGAUAUAGCUAACAGCAAUCACAGCAAAAAAAUUAUUCAAGUAGCCAGAAGUAAACGUGGCAAUAGAAAACAAAACCUAUAAAAAAUUUCGUCAUGGAAGAGAAACCUGCAGUAAAACAGCCUGGCAGAUGCAAACCACUUAUAUGGAUAAUAUUAUUGUUCGCUUCUAUGAUUUUGGCGUAUAUGGUAUACACAUCUUACUUGGGAGGGGAGAGUGAUAAACAGCAUGUUAAGGAAAAAGUCAAUAUAAAAACCCCAGAUGGUAAAAGUCCAGCAGAAACAGAAGAAGGCAGUGGGGUGAAGAAUCAGGAUAGUGGAUUUGAUGCGACAGAUGAUGUUGAAGAAGAGACAACUUCUCCCAUUUACAGUAUCGCAGAAAGCAAAGAGGAGGAGGCAAAAGGGAAAGAGAGUGAGCAUGGUGAUGAAGCGAAGAAUAAAGAUCCUAAAUCGUUUAACGAAGAAUCUAAAGAAGUAAAGGAAGAGGAGAAAAAGGAGGAAGAUAGUGGGCACAAUGAAAAAGACUCUGAUAUAUCUGCAGAAGAAUCUGAAACAGUAACAGGAAAUGAUGAGAGUAACACGGAAGAAACAGAGAACGGAGAAAAGGAAAAAGAACAAGGAAGAGAAGAAACAGAUGAAGGAGACGUAGAAAACCACGAUCAAACAGAAGUGAAAGAUACCAAAGAAGAUACGGAUCAGCAGAGCAAUAACAGCGAAGCAAAUGGUGACGGUGUGGAAAGAAAAGAAGAUGAAGGAUUUGAUGUCAAAGAUAAUGGUACGGAUAAUAAAGAAGAUUUGAAGGUUAAAGGUGAUGAAAACGAAAAUAAGGAUCAGGAGACAAAUAACAGUGAACCAAAUGACGAUAAAAAGAGAAAGGAAGAUGAAGGAUUUGAAGUCAAAGAUGAUAAUACGGAAAAUAUAGAAGAUUUGAAGGUUAGAGGCGAUGAAAACAAAAAUAAGGAUCAGGAGACGAAUAACAGUGAACCAAAUGAUGAUAUAAAGAGAAAUGAGGAUGAAGGGUUUGUGCCUGAAGAUUUGGAUGCAAAUAAACAGGCUGAAAAUAGUGAUAAUGACAACAACGAAAAACGUGAAGAAGAGAAAACAAAAAAUACCGAAAUUACCGAAACAAAAGAUUCACCGGAAAAUCAUGAAACAAAAAAACAGAACCAACGAGAAGAUGAAACUAAUCUGAUAAACAAUGAUGACUCCAAUAAAAAAGAAGUAAAAACAGCAGAUUUGAAAGAUCGCAUAAAAACUUUAAUGGAUGCAAUAUCGAAAAGAGGAAAAGAUAAAAAUGACAAAAAUGACGAAAAUAUUAAAAAACUGACUAAAGGUUUGUUUAGUUAUAUCACCAAUCCUAGUAAAGCUAACGAUAAUAAGAAGGUUGAAAACGUAGGAGAUAGUGACAAGAAAUCUAAUGAAAUAGAUUCUUCUGAAGAAAACGGAGUGAGUGACGACAAUGACGACAACAAAAGAGGAGAACAAUACCAUGAUAAUUUGGAUGAUGAAAACGACAACACAAACCAAGAUAUUAGAAAAAUAAAACUACAAUUCCAAGUCGAUAAUGAUGUAAGGACUGAGGAAUUUUCGUAUAACUUUAUUCAUCAAAAAACAAAUGGCUUCAACAGGGCAAGAAUUUCACGGUCAAGAAAGUGCACUGGUCGUUUGAAUGAUGAUAUGUUUAUUGAAAAGAAAAAACUGACUUUUCUAACUCGUAUACACGUUUUUAAAGAGGCGAAUAGGUAUUCUCAACAACGUGUCCAAUCAAAAAGUAAAUUAAGAGCACGACGUAUGGAGAUCUUGAACGCUCUGCAACAAAAUUUAAAUAACGAAAUGAUUGAAAGCAUCCACGUUCUUGUAAGCAGUUCCGGAGAAGCGAGUUAUCUGAAUAAAUUAGAACUGUCCAAUUCACAAAAGCUUGUCGUAGUUAUUGUACCUAGAGGUAUUUUAAUGAACACUAUUGUCUCCUACGCUAAUAUUUGUUUGAAAGAUCGAUUUGUCGUGAUCGGAAACCCUGACAAUACGCUAGGAAAAGGUUGGGAGGAUUUAAAUUUUGAUCUAUUACAGUCAAAAAAGAUAAUGUAUGCACUUACAAGUCAUUCGUCAAGGAAGCAAUGCUUCAAUUCACAACAACAUCCAAACUGCGAUAAGCUAGAUAAUUAUGGAAAACAUCACGAUCUUUUUGUUCUGUAUAUAAGGAAAAAGAAAGUCAAAAGGCCGAAACUUGAGCUGCUUUCUCAUGGUCAAAUGUCACAAAAUAAGAUCGGGAAUGCAAUGAUUUGGGUGUUUAAGCAUCGACUUGGUUUUUCUGUCUUGAAUCCUUGUCAAAUUUUGAUAUCUUACCGUGAAAAUUGCGUACCAGUGACAGUAAAACAGACAACGGUAGCUUUGGAUGAAGAUUACAUGGAAAAUGCUAUCCCAACAAACAAUUUGUGGGAGUGAAUUCAAAAACUUUAUAAUUUGUUAAAUAAGAUAGUGCCUGAAUAUUCUAACUGUUUGAGAUUUCGUUUUUUUUGGAAGUAACUUAAAUUUCUGUUUUUUGGGAGUAAUUUGAAAUUUAAAAAUAUGCUUUCCUAUGUAAGGAUGUUUUUUUAUUGUCUGUGUUGUUUUUUUAUUAUUUUCUUGUCUGUUUGUUCUUUUGUCUAUUUUUGUCUUGUUAUUUUUUUUCUUGUGAAGAUUUUUUGUAAAUUUAUUGAAGAAAAAUAAACUCUGCUACGAGCUUUUUAAGAGA